CAGUCCAGGAGCUGUCGACACUCACGUCCUUCAGAAAGUCGGACUCAGCCGUGAACAAGAAACCAAGGUACUAGAAUAUACGGCGAAGACAGCCAUCCCGAUGGGACGUGCAGCGCAGCCUGAAGAAAUAGCCGAGCCGAUCUUAUUUUUGGCAGAUAAGAAGAUGUCUAGUUAUAUCACUGGACAGAAUCUGAUCGUUGACGGUGGUGCCACUUUACAAGUGGCGAUGGCAUCGUUCGAUGUAACUGAUAUGAUGAAAAAAUAA